CUGACUAGGGAAAAUUUUACCCUAUACCCCUACAAUUGUACCCAUACCCCUACAUUUAAAUUUUUUUGACCAAAAUACCCUCAUAUAAAUAGGGUAUAUUUUCCGUUUCAAAAUUUUUUUACCAUUUUCGUUGAAGACUUCCGGAGAAGAAAAUUUUUUGGCGUUUUUGCAUUGUAUACCGGAACACUUAAGAUGGUUCGAAGAAGAGGUGCAGAUGGCCGGAUUCCAGUCCGCACGUUAGACCGGGGUGCAUCUUCAUCUGCAGCUGCAGCUGAGCCGACUGGAUAUCCAGGAGGGCCGUACGAUACAUCGCUUUUGGUGAAGUACGAGCAUCAUGUUGCUCGACAUAUAUGGUUCGGUGAGGAAAGAGGACCAAAGAAAGAGUUGAAGGUUGCCGGACAUGGACUGAAGUUGAAUUCUAGGGUUCCAUUGGCUCUUCCACCACAGAUGGAGAGUUGGGUAUCUAGAUCCGGUUUAGCUUCACUGCAGAGAACGAGUCUGAACAAGAUAGACACAAAUCUUGUCUCUGCAUUUGUGGAAAGAUGGCAUCUAGAGACAUCUUCAUUUCACAUGCCGUUUGGUGAAAUGAGCAUUACUUUAGAUGAUGUCGCAUGUCUACUUCACUUGCCCAUUAGGGGUAUCUUUUGGAGUCCUCAGGAUGUGACUGAAGAGCUCACAGCUGACAACCGAUUAGAAAAUAACUUGUCAUACAAAGUUGACCUAUCCUUGUCUAUUAAUUCCAACCCCAACUCUCUGCGAACCAUUGACCAACCAUCCUCACCAUAUCCAUGCAAUGAUGCAAUGACUCUAAAUCCACAAUUACCAUCUGAUUCAACAUUAACUACAUCUUCAAUGUAUGACCUAAUAUGAUUAGGAAAUUGAACAAUGAAUUGUGGUUGCUUCUUUGAUAAUUUGAUCUUCUUCGAAGUCUGUGAUGGUUGAGAUUGCCUUUGUGAAGAUUGAGAUGCCUUAUCAACAUACUCAUGAUACGAAGGGUCCCUAUA